AUGUUAUGUGAUCGGGUUAUGUGUUCCGGUAGUGAUCCUCGAAGGAUACACGAGGACACUUUCUACCCAUGGUUCAGCAUCGACGAGCUUAUGAGCUAUGAGGAGGACACGCGUUUGAGAACCGAGGACAGGGAGGAAGAGGACGAGAAGGAAUACGAGGAACGUCUAGGAAUGUCUUCCGCUUCGACCAACAAGCUCCAGAUUUUGUGGGAUCAUUUCAUUCAUGCAGAACUGCAGAGUUACGAGAAAUCAUCCUGGCUGGACAUAUUUCUCGCCGAACUACUGGCCCAAGUGAAAGAAGGUCGAGACGUGAAAGAUGCCCUAUCGUUUUGUUCUGUCGGCGGCGGCGGUGUAUCUACCCUUAUUGCCUGCGAGUUGCUAUCCGACGUGCACGAGCUCUGCGCGAAGAGGAUCAACGGUGACCAACUUGUCGGAUUGAGGAAGUAUCUAGCCGAGGAUCGAGGCUGGCGUUGUUUGGCUGUUCUACAAUUACUCGGUGUACGCAGUGUUUCCUGUGGACGAGAACUGGUCGCUCUCCUCGUCGCCUUAUACCCGGUUGCUUUUCAAGAGGACACGAACAAUCAAGCUCGUUCUACCGUAUCGAACGAAUCGAGAGAGUCUACGACGAUUGCUAAUACGCGCAAUCCUUAUGUAAAAUUCUACUGCAACGACGACACCGUCGACACGGUAGAUAUCGUGCCGCACGUGAAACGCAAGGCGACGAAAUUUAAUCGAAACGCUGUCUCAUACGAGGGCAAUGUACCGUCGAGAAGAAGAGCGGCUCGUAGACACAGUAUCGGUACCGGCAAGGUGCCGGUUCACCACAAGCAGAAAUCGUUUGGAAUGUUCGAAGCGCGUCGCGACACGCCGGAAAGCACGAGCAGCGAGUCCGAAUUGCUGACAGACGGUAUAGAUCAGGCAAGAUCGUUGACGCUAAAGAUUCGCCUGAAUCCUAUGGAUUUCGAGUACUUCACCUCCGUGGUUAGAAGCGACGAGGAACAGAAAUGGCAAGCGGCGCUUUACGAGCUUCCCGCAAGGCCGGCGAAGAAAACGCCUAGGGAUUAUAUCGACGAGAGAAUCAAGGAUGUUCUAGAUGCUAGGAUUAGCAACUUCGAGACAAGCCUUUUGAUUAUACAAUUGCUGCAGGGUCUACGAGAUUACGAUACUCCGGCGGAACAAACGCCGACUGUGUUGGUGCUGAAAUUUGCCUUGGACACGCUAUGGUCCCUUCAGUUCGGUAUAGACGGUGCCGGUUUGACCGGCACCGAAUCCGCUACGCUGAAAGCUGCAGCCGCCAGACUUAUGCUUACAGCCCUGGAACGUGUGUUGAGAGCGAACGAACCGACCACCGCUGUUAUUCAUUACGGUCUAUUGCCUAUGACGUUAAGAUUACUCGAGGACGCUUGUAGCAAACCGUUGAACGUAUUUUCACCGGAGGAAGGUUCGCUUCUUCAGGAAUUCAUCUUUGCUACCAUUUAUGGGAUUAUCACGUUCCUCUAUUGUCUGUUGCAUCAACAGGGCACCGCUGUCGAACAAUUAUCCGACUUUUUGGAACUGUUUCAGCUGUUCAACGAGAGUCAAGACGGAAAGCUCGUGGAGAGAACAAUCUUCGCGAUAGUCGACCUACCGAGCGUUGAUCCGGCGAGGUCGGUAAUCCGCGCCAGAAAGGUCAUUGAUAUGAUAGGUGCGUUAACGAGCGGCUUAAAAUCAAUUCGACGUGAUAUUUCCCAUACAGCGCAGUGCAACCGAUUGAAACACAAAUCCUGCGUCAAUAACGUCGGUGCUGUUAUGAAACAGCCAUGCUGCAUAUCCUCGCUCUUCGUCACGCUUACUAAUCUUCUCAAAGACUCUCAUCCCUUCGCCAGCGAGCUGCAAGUCAGACUGAUCAAAGUUGCAACGGCUGCAGGCACCUGUUGUUGUUUCCCACCUCGUAUGCUGAUGACCAGCAUCGCUGCUCUGUUGAAACGUCACGAUCCAGCCACUUACGCUCCGGCUGUCGCACUUUUAGAACGUAUCCUCUUCAAAGAACUCGCCGCUUAUUCGGAAUCCGAAGUAUGCCCCUGCUGCGAUAGACCUACUCAGCGCUCUUGGAAUUUUCUCCAAAUUUACACAGUUCUGUUAACACCGGACGAUCCGAAAUUAUGCUACACCAUCAUGGCUCAUCUUUUGAAAGUUGGACCGUGCUCCAAGUCUCACAUCAAACGAGAAUUACUCGUCCAAGUGUUCUACGCCACAUUUUUGAACGCUAAAAUCUACUACGCAGCCGAUAAAGGAAACACGACCGCCAAGUUUCUCAUUCAAUCUUGCCUCACGGCGAUGUCCUGUUUAAUCGCGAACGCGCAGGUAUGCGAAGGAUUCACGGAGAUCAACGGAUUGAAAGAAGCGCUGACGUUCCUGUCGGACGUUGCUUUCACGAGAAACGUCUACGCUCUCUUGGAAAUCACCGUCAUCGUCGAGAUCUGGAAGACGAGAUACGUCGAAUCGGAUCCCGUCGACGCAGAGAAACCGGCGCUCAGUUCUUUAUUUAAUUCCCUGGAAAAAGAAACGGCAGAGUUGUUGCAUAUUUUCGAAAACACGGUGGACAGUUUCAUCGAGGAAGACUAUAUCGAACAAGUAGUUAGUCAAGUUCCUGGCACGAAAUCAAACGAACAGAAUGUCGAAGGAAGGAGUACAGUGCAAGAAAAUACUCAGGAAGAACGGAAUGAAACCGAGGGAGCGAUCAAUAAAAUUUCAUGUUUUCCACAAGUAUUUGAUAAUUCUGAGGCCGGUGAAUUGUACGUAGAAACGGACAACGAAGCAAAUAAGAACAGAAAGAUAAAUCUGUAUCAAGCUAGUGCAGCGUGGAAAGCAGCCGCAGGAGUUGCUCUCUGCAGUCCAAAAUUUCGCACUCAAUUGUCGUCGCACCCUGUCUCGAAAAAUUCUUUGCUACUGUUCAAAACGUUGGCCGUAUGUAUUGCUACGGACAGCAUUACAGACACCAACAAAUCAGCGCACAGACUUUUCGAGGCUUUGCUCACGUGCUGUUUAACAUCCCCAUUGUGCGAUUGCGAUAUAAUCAUGGAAUUGGGAAAAGCUUUGAUGGAUGCUGGAAUCAAACUGGGUCGUGGCCUAGCCAUCAUUGUAGAAGCCUUAUUGAAGGUCUCUAUGCUGAAACCGGCUCAAGAAGAAACUAUACCACAGUGUACUCGUCCCAGGUUGCCGUCUAUGACGUUGGAAGCAAUGCCAGAUUGUGUGGUAGAUGACAGUAGCACGGGUGAAUAUGUGUUAGCUGAUGAUGGUUAUGAAGCAGACGUAGAAGUACCGGGAAGAAGUCCUCAUAGCAAUACGGUGAAAAGAAGUAAUUCAUUGGGACCUGUUGUAGAGCCUAGACGCAAUGCAAAUGCACAUCCUGCUUUAUGUUCGUUGGCAGUUGAUUUGUUGAUCUAUUUCAGCGAACAAGGUUUGGAUGCUGAGAAGAGAUCCAUUAUAACUGCUGGUUUAAGAAAAGUUGCAGUCACUUGUAGAGAAAGUGCAUCAAGUUGUGCUGUUCUUGCAGUUUCAGGAGUGAUCACAAAAUUGUUAGACGGUUUCCGAGAUAUAUUCACCAGCAGAGAUAUUCAGUAUCAAGAUUUGCAACAUGCUGUUCUAGAAGUGUUUACUUUACUAGCAACGCAAUCCAUUGCGCCACCGGAACUGGUUACAUAUUUGUCUUUGUUCAAAGUCGACGCACCUCCGCUUCAAUCGUUGUUGGAACCACUUUUCCAUCUGGUUCGAGCAGCGCGUCCUCAACCCAAUUUCAUCUUAUCGUUUCCCGUGCACUCGAGCACUCGAGUCUCGUUGAAAGCUCAAAAGGAGAAGGAUAAAAAUUUAGAAAAGACCGAGAACCUUGUGAAUAACUUCCGGAAAAGGCAUCUCGCGUCGGGAAUAUGCAGCCCAUGGUCUGUACACGCGGCGUGUCUACCUGUUGGCCCUGAACUUGCUUGGCCAGUUUGGCUACAAGGUUGUUCUGUCUCCAUGUGGUUGAGAGUUGAAAGAGGAUUACCUGUUAGUGGCAAAGGGACAUUGAUUAGUACAUCACCAUUACUCGAUUCGGACAAUGAAAGUUUGUCGGAUUGGGGUAUUCUGUCUGAUAAUUGGAGUCGUGAAGUCGUAGCAGGUUCGACAUCUCCACCUACACCAACGUCGAUUAUUCACUUGAUAUCUAUCGGAUUCGAGUCUCUGGUGCUUGAAACAUGGUUGGAUCUUAGAUCAGACAAAUUGAUUUUACGAUUAACUAGACCAGACGACAAAAUGAAUCGAACAAUUUCUGAAACAUCGGUAACUGGUAUGCUACCUUCUGGUGGGUGGCAUCAUUUAGCGUUGAAUUUCAAAGACACUGUUUUAAAUAAACGUAGCGCCGUUGUCGAAGUUGUGCUUUGGGUGGAUGGCUGGAGAGAGGUGAACGCGCAAUUACCAUUUGACGGUCUAUUAGUGAAAAAACCUGGCACUACGUGCGUUCUAUUGGGGCAAGUUGGAUCCAGUACAGUCGGAGCUUGGUAUCUUGGAAAUUUAAUGGUAUUCAGGUGUCCAGUAUUUACAAAGGAGAGAGCAUUCUAUCUGGCAAGUCUUGGACCUAAUUACACUAAUCUUGCCGAAUGUAUUUUAAAUACAGAGAAGCCAGAUUUUGCGCCGUUAAUUGCAUCUGGCGCUCUGGAUGGUGUUCGAGAAGUUCGAUUUGAAGGAGGAAAAUUCGAUACAAGUCGGAGAAAGUCAUAUGGUGGAACAUACUUAAGACACGCAGUUGAGACAAAAGUAUCUGAGACUAAAAUUGAUUGGGACGUAGUUAUGGAUGCUACAAAUUCGCAUUUGGGUGAACUGCAAGAUAAUCUACUUCUCAGUUACGAAGCUCAAUAUCCCGAGAUCGUUCAUUUAUACCCUGAAGCUGUCGCGAAUCCUGCCGCUGUUGUAAGAAAUCUAUUCUCGGCUCAACCAGGUUUUAGGGUUGUCUCUGCACCGGAACAUAGAGUUUCACAGCAACCACCUUUGUCUGUGGCACCGAUAUUAGUCGCUCGGUUAGAAUGCCAACAGUACAGAGGUCUCGUACCUGCUGUUACAUUUGUGGGCGGUGUUCCUGUAUUUUUGUAUCUAUUUGCGAGAGUAGUCGAAUUAAAUUCUAACGAAGAAGAACAGGCAUUGGCUCUUUCAAUAGUACUGAUCCUACGUAUUUUAGAAUCGUCACGAUGCCACGCAGGCAGACAUAUUCUGAAAGCAAUGUUAGAUGCAGCAUGCGAUAGUCCUAUCUUAAUAAAGGAUAUCGGCAGCGGCAAUCAUUCGGUCUCGCAAAAUUGCGAAGCUGUCAUCACGGAUCCUGAAUUGAUCAAAGGUACACUGACCGCGUGGAGAACGUGGGCGAAACAUGAUACGUUGAACUUGCUAUUGCAAGCACUGUUGUUACUGUUAAGAGAUCAGCAUUCCCAGCGUGAGUUUAACGCGUCUCAAUUAAACAGAGUCGGAAUCGUCGACACCAUUUUAACAUUAUGCAAGGAGCAUUUUAUGUACGAGGAAUUAGGUGCUGUUGUUGAUUCUUCAACGGGAACUACUGUGGUUGAAUUAAUAAGAGCACUAAUGGGCGCACCUCCAGAAUUUGCUCAUUUAGUAGCUAUUACCGAUUAUUUAGUCCUAGUUCAUCAAGCAUCCGAGACAUACAUCACACACUCCAGACACAAUAUAUAUUUUUUGCUACCUCCUAUUGGAGAAAAAAAGGUUGUGAAAAUCACUUCGACGGUGACUUCUAGUUCCUCAGAUGAAUCUAUCGGAACAUUGGAAAAUAGUAAAUUGAACAAAGGUUUAACAAACGUACAGAUUCAGAAGGUUAGAAUACCCAGAAGGAAAGAACGUCGAAACGGGCCUCCUCAAGAUACCAGUGCUGGAGAAGAUUCAGGGAUCGCGGCUAGCGACGGAUCUAAUCCUCUUAGUAACGAAAAGCAAUCUACAUGGACGGACGAGAGAAGAGCUUGUCAAGGUUUAGUUUGCGAAGGACUCUUACUGCUACUCCGAGACGCAGUUAGAGUUUUACCUGAUAGUCAAGUUGGUGCCGUGUUGAAACACGUUCUAAAACCUGAACUUUUACUCGUACUUGCCAAUAACCCCAACACUAGAGUUCGAACGGCAAUAAUUAAAGUUAUUCAAACAUAUUUGCAACGUGCUAGCGCCGAAGAUGUGAACAAAUUUGUAAAGCAAAAAUAUUUUGUACAUUUAGCAAACCAAAUAGCAUUAUAUCCCGGAAGCGAGCCAUUGGUAGUAGCUUUAGAAAAUUUAGCAUUACGAGGUCCAACAAGAGCCACGAUGCCGCCAUUAAUGGCUAUUAUUGCGAAAGCGGCAACUACUGAACCGAACGUGGUUAGAUCGAUAGUAUCAUUUAUCACCGAUAUAAUCGCCAAGAAUCCCAGUAUUUUGAGGAUGCUUUUGGAACAAGGUUUAAUCGAAUCAUUAGCUCAAGCGUUGGUGGGAAGUGCUCACAAGGGUGGAUCUACGUCCCUUUAUAGAGAUAUUCACGUGCUUCUAGUGGCCAUUGCCACGAAACUCCUGGAAUCCCCGGAAGGUCAUAAAAUGCAGACUGUUUUAGACUUACAUUUAAUACUGAACCAUAUGGAAUUGAAAGAAAAAUCUCAUUGCGUUAAGAAUAGAAGUUGCGUAUCAGUUGUAAGGGAUGCACAGGUUGCGCUCUUUGAUGGAGAACUUGAUGUGCUUACGGCGAAAGUCUCGAAUCAGUCAGGUUUUCGAUUACGCAGUACAGCGUCCUAUUUGGCCUCGGCGUCUCAUAUAACGUCAGUUUUCACAACGUCCAGUGAUCAAAGUGAUCACGGUUCUCCGUCGUCUAGUUAUACAAGUUUACACGCACCUUCUGUCGCGCUUUUACGCGAGCCAGGCAAAGGAGAACUGCUUCAUCGAUUUCGCCUUAUCUUAACGCGUGCUGUAGAAUUCAUAACGUCAGCCGACGAAUCACCUUCUGGCAACGAAUUACAAUUAACUAAAAGAUUAUUCUCGAUCCUUUUGCACGGCCUUUGCAAUCCAUUGGAGAAGAGAAAUCACUGGAGCAGCGAAUGGUCCAUUAGACACGCUUUAAGAAAAUACACAGCUAAAAUAAUGGUGUGGUUACUUGGACCACACCAAAGUAACAAUACCAGAAUAUUUGCUGUCAGAUCGUUAAUGGAAGAACCGAAAGCUCGUGAAAUCCUCUCCUCUCUCUUAGAAGUUCAUCCGCAAGUGGAACGAAAGUUUAACGUGCUCUUUUGGGAUCUGUUGCAAAAACGGGACGAAAUGCCCAGUGCCGAUUCUAGAGUGUGUGCAGAACUGAAAGAAGCUUUAAGCAUAUGGGAUUUGGCGAAAGGAAUAGAACACGCUAGUCCUGGAAUAUGGAACGAGGAGUUAGCAUUGCUCAGGCGAGAAUUGAUGAGAGAUCGAGAUAUAUGGAUCGAUUCGAAUCUCCCUGCAAUUCAAAGGAUCGCCAACAGAUUCGACGUGCUUACUAAGCAACUAACAGAGAGCGCGAUGACUAUAACGAGGACAGUUGUAGAGGAACAAAAUCGAGAACGUAAAGUAUUAAUGGAAAGACUGAAACAAUCAAGAGCAAUGAAAGCUCAGGCACUUGCCAGAUGGAGGGAUUUAACGAGAGGACUAACACACGAGAGAGCUCCUUGGCACUUUGCAAAAAGUUAUCCAAGAAGUUGGGAGCUAGAUCCAACAGAAGGGCCUGCUAGAGUUAGGAUAAGAUUGCAAAGAUGUCACUUGAACAUUAACAAGAGAUUCUUCAUGCCUGAAAGUCAACAUAAACUAGAUGCAGCGAAAGUUGAAGCGCCUUUGUCCUAUUUAUUUACGACUGAUCGACAAGAUGCAAAGGCAUUGGUAGAGCGAUUGCAUACCAGUGAAAGAAUACGUAAAAUGUUUCAAGCGAAAGUAGUUACACCCAGAACUGAACUGGCUGGCGAAGUUCUUAUCGGUGAAACCUGUCUUUACUUUGUUCCUGAUAAUCUUGACAAAUCGUUGCACACAGAUAUAGCCUUAGGUGGUUUAGAUUUGACUAUGGUGGGUGGAAUUACAUGGAAACUGGAGGACAUUCAAGAAGUGCACAGAAGAAGAUAUCAAUUACAAGAGAGAGCUAUUGAAAUAUUCCUUAUCACAGGAAGAACUUAUUUAUUGGCAUUUAAUUCUUCGAAGGAAAGAGAGGAAUUUGUAACAAAAUUAUCUGCUUGCAAUUUACCGAGUCGAGUGUCUGGUGGUGAUUUAAACGUCGCUCUCUCGUUAUGGCGAAGUGGGGCAUUAACAAAUUAUGAAUACAUCACUUGCUUAAAUAAAUUAGCCGGUCGCUCGUACAACGAUUUAAUGCAAUAUCCUGUAUUCCCGUUUGUAUUAGCGGAUUAUACAAGUGAAAAGAUCGAUUUGAACAAUCCAAAAAUCUAUCGAAACUUAGAACGUCCUAUGGCUGUGCAGGAUAAAAAGAACGAACAACAUUACAUAAACAAUUACAACUAUCUUAAGCAAGCUUUAUCGGAAGGGUUGAACCUGAUCCCGUUAAAUCAAGAACCCUUUCAUUACGGAUCGCUUUACAGUAAUUCUGGAACAGUGCUUCACUUCUUAGUACGAUUACCACCAUUCACUAGUAUGUUUCUAUGUUACCAAGACAAUAAUUUCGAUAUUCCUGAUCGAACGUUUCAUGCGUUAGCCACUACAUGGAGACUAACUAGUUGCGACUCAACAACAGACGUGAAAGAAUUAAUUCCCGAGUUCUUCUAUUUGCCUGAAUUUUUACUGAAUUCCGAAGGUUUUAAUUUUGGAGUACGACAAAACGGUAGUCGGGUAGGAGACGUUGAACUACCGAAAUGGUGCGGAGGUGAUGCGCGACUUUUUAUACUUGCUCAUAGAGCAGCGUUAGAAGCAGAUCUUGUUAGAAAAUUUCUACCCUAUUGGAUCGAUCUGGUCUUUGGAUUUAGACAAACUGGCAAACCAGCAGUAGAAGCUAUAAACGUUUUUCAUCCUGCGACUUACUAUGGCCUAAAUAUUGAACAAAUAGCCGAUCCUUUAAAACGUGGAGCAUGGGAAACGAUGGUACGAACUUAUGGCCAAACACCGACGCAAUUAUUUAGAGCUGGACAUCCAUUGUCGAUUCAGAGUAUUGGAAAUACAGUGGUGAAUAGUUCGUUACCAAAAGUUAUCGAAGGUGUAGACGGUAUAAAGUGGGGAAACUAUGUUGGUGCUCCUGGAAAUGAACCAAUAUUAUGUUACAAACAUAAAAGCACGGUACUAUUAGCGGCUUUAGUUCCUUUAAUCACCGGUGAAGUUUUUGGAUUACCUAGUUACACCACGUUAUUACUUAGUUAUACGAAAGAAAAGGGUGCGAGUAUGUUAAGUAAAACGUCUGUAUUAGGGGCUGCUUUAGUGUCAUGGAAUGGCACAGACGGAAUUGCAAGACUGAAAUGUAAAAAAGAACUUCCACCGAGGCCGUUGAUCAAAUCUUCUGGUCUCAAUCCAAUUACUGUUAUAGAAUCAGCUCCAGAUUGUGGACAAUUGUGGACAGGCCACUUAUCUGGUAGAAUUACAGUGUACACGUACACAAUUGUUACAAGUAAAAUUGACUUUAAUUCAACACCGGCGUCUGUACUUUUAGCUCAUAGGAGCAGAGUAACAAUAAUAUCUCUUUCACGAGCAUUUAGUAUUGCUGUUACAGGUGACGCAAGCGGUGUCGCAGUUAUUUGGGAUUUAAAUAGUCUAACGUAUAUAAGAUCGAUAUCCUGUGAUCAAAACUAUCCUAUUCAUUUACUGUCGAUUAGCGAAACUCUCGGAGAUAUAGCAGUUACUUAUGAGAUUCCUAAGAUAAGCGGAAACACGUCUUCCAGUCAAUCAGAAUUGAAAGUAUUCACUAUAAAUGCAAGAGCAGUUGGAUCUGUUUUAUCUAAAAGAAAGAUAACAGCUCUUUGUUAUAGUAAUGCACCAGAAGGAGUUUCUGUGAAUGUUAUUGCAACAGGAUUAGAUAAUGGAGUGAUAAGAUUAUGGAGCAGUUGGGAUUUAAGAUUAGUCAGAGAAAUUAUAAAUAGUGUAAAGGGAAGUGGGGCAGUAAUUUCGCUAGCAUGGUCCUUGGAUCAGCAUCAGUUGUAUGCUGUAAUUGAUGAUUUCACUAUUCUUAUAUGGGAAGGAUCGAAACGUCUAAGCAAUAGCAUUUCAAGAUUCGUUAAUUUAACAUCGCUCUCGUAUAAAUAA